ACAAAUGAUAAAGGAAGAUUAAGUAAAGAACAAAUUGAUAAGAUGGUAGCAGAAGCUGAAAAAUUCAAGGAAGAAGAUGACAAGAUGAAACAAAGAGUCGAAGCAAAGAAUAAGUUAGAGAACUUCUGUUAUUCAGUUAAGAAUACUCUUAAUGAACAAUUUGCUGAUAAGAUUGCUGCAGAAGAUAAGACUACUAUUGAGAAUAUUGUUAAAGAAACUCUUGACUGGAUUGAUAACAAUCAAAAUGCUUCCACUGAAGAAUAUGAUAACAAGAUGAAGGAAGUUGAAGGAAAAGUCCAACCAAUUUUCACUAAGCUUUAUCAACAAGCUGGAGCUGCUGGUGGAAUGCCAGGAGGAAUGCCAAAUGGAUUCCCAGGUGCUGGAGCUGCUCCACAAGGUAAUGCUCAACCAAAGUCAAGUGGAAAAGGACCAACUAUUGAAGAAGUUGAUUAA